AUGGAUGAAGCGCUGCGGGUGGUAUGGCCUGAGGGGAAGAGCCAUGCUGAACGUCAGCGGCUGAUCUGGUCCGGGGGAAGAGCCAAGCUGAACGUCAGCGGCGGAGCUGGUCCGGUGGGCUUCGCAUUGAUGCUUGAAGAUUCUUGUCGGAUUUGGGUGAAGCUUCUGAUGGAUGAAGCCCUGCGGGUGAUAUGGCCUGAGGGGGAAGAGCCAUUCUGGGGAAGAGCCAAGCUGAACGUCAGCGGCGGAGCUGGUCUGGUGGGCUUCGCAUUGAAGAUGCUUGAAGAUUCUUGUCGGAUUUGGGUGAAGCUUCUGAUGGAUGAAGCGCUGCGGGUGAUAUGGAUGAAGCGCUGCAGGUGGUAUGGCCUGAGGGGAAGAGCCAUGCUGAACCUCAACGGCCGAUCUGGUCCGGUGGGCUUCGCAUUGAAGAAGCUUGAAGAUUCUUGUCGGAUUUGGGUGAAGCUUCUGAUGGAUGAAGCGCUGCGGGUGAUAUGGCCUGAGGGGGAAGAAGCGCUGCAGGUGAUAUGGCCUGAGGGGAAGAGCCAUGCUGAACCUCUACGGCUGAUCUGGGAAAGAGCCAUUCUGAACCUCAACGAGCGAUCUGGUCCGGUGGGCUUCGCUUUGAAAAGGCUUGCGCAUUUUUGUCAGAUUUGGGUGAAGCUUCUGAUGGAUGAAGCGCUGCGGGUGAUAUGGCCUGAGGGGAAGAGCCAUGCACGGGGAAGAGCCAAGCUGAACGUCAGCGGCGGAGCUGGUCCGGUGGGCUUCGCAUUGAAGCCUGAGGGGAAGAGCCAUGCUGAACCGCAACGGCUGAUCUGGCCUGAGGGGAAGAGCCAUGCUGAACCUCAACGGCUGAUCUGGCCUGAGGGGAAGAGCCAUGCUGAACCUCUACGGCUGAUCUGGGGAAGAGCCAUGCUGAACCUCAACAGCGGAGCUGGUCCGGUGGGCUUCGCAUUGAAGAUGCUUGAACAUUCUUGUCGGAUUUGCGUGUUGCUCCUGAAGGAUGAAGCGCUGCGGGUGAUAUGGCCUGAGGGGAAGAGCCAUGCUGAACCUCAACGGUUGAUUUGGAUGCUUGAACACUUUUGUCGGAUUUGCGUGAUGCUCCUGAUGGAUGAAGCGCUGCGGGUGUUAUGGCCUGAGGGGAAGAGCCACGCUGAACCUCAACGGCUGAUCCUUCCGGCGGGCUUCGCGUUGAAUUGGAGUCUCUUGGCCGAAAACGAUGGCCCUUCUGCACGUGCUGGACAUGCCGCUGCCUUCGCGAAGAAUCAAGUCCUGUGGAUCUUUGGAGGUAAAGAUGAAGCCGUUUUGAGCGACAUAUGGCUCUUCCAUGAAGCUGCCAAGGCCUGGACUUCAUCUGGCAUUGCAGAAGUCUUCAGUGCUGCCCCCUCUGCACGUAAAGAGCAUGUGGCAGUGACAGAUGGCAACGGGGAUUUGUGGAUUCACGGUGGACAAGACGACACGGUUUUUUUCAACGAUCUGUGGAAACUGUCCACGAACAGAUGGACCCUGGUAUCAAAUGGAUCCGUGCCUAGUCGCAGUAGCCAUGUUGGGGUAUGGGAUUCCCUCAAUGGAGCCCUUUGGAUUCAUGGCGGAUUCGAUGGUGUCCUCAGACAAGACAUUUGGAAGUUCGAAGCUGAAAGAGGCCGCUGGUUCAGCAUCACAGACGAUUACAAUCGGCCCUCUGCACGUGCUCAUCAUGUUGCUGCACUCGAUGCCAUGAAUGGAGUGAUUUGGAUUCAUGGUGGAUAUGAUGAAAGCUUGCUUGGAGAUCUCUGGAAGUUUGACACCCGAACCUAUGCUUGGAAUCUGAUUUCCACUGGCGGUCCGUCAGCACGAGCUCAUCAUGUAGCAGUUUGGGACACACUGAACCAAGCACUGUGGAUUCAUGGAGGGUUUGAUGGGAUGGCUUGUCAGGAUAUGUGGAGGUUCGAACAGUUGACUUCCACGUGGAAUACUGUGGCACAAAGUGGCCCUUCAGCACGCUAUGAUCACGUGGCUGCUUGGGACGGGAUACACUCGAUGAUCCUUGUCCAUGGUGGCUAUGACCAAGGUUUCCGGAGAGAUUUGUGGAAGUUUGAGGUGCCACUUGUCACCAGCACAAGCACCGAGACGAAAACCUCCAUGACCUCCAGCCAAACCACCACCAGUAUGACCAGAAGCACCACUAGCACUAGUACUGCUAGCAUUCCGCCCGCCUUCGGGACUGCCACGGAAGAGUUGCCAUCAGAUGUCCUUGCUUUGAUCCUGGCAUUGAGUGUCCUCGGAGUUGCGUUGUGCCUUGUUGCUUUUUACUGGUACCGGAAGAGGCAGAAGAGCCGAGCAGUUGUUCCAGUCCCACCACCCUUACCACCACCGCUGCCACCACAUGAGCCACCACCACCAUCCCCAGGAUCCCCGCAACUUCGAGUCAACAUGCAAGUGCUUGUUCCACCGCCUAGCCCCCAGCAACCCCCGCCCAAACCUGAGCAAUCUCGAACUGCAGCCUUUCCUGCAUAUGUUCCGCUUUCCAUCCCGGAGCCACACCAAUUGCCCAUUUGUGCUCCAAAGUGCUGUGCUCCCAAUGCACCUCCGUUGGAUCAAGUGGAGGCCAGCGUGAAACAGCGCAAAGCUUGGGAUGCCGCAGCGCACAGCGUGGCUUCCACGACCACUAAGGCUCUCACCUUACGAUGUAUGCCAUGCUGCGAUGCUGUCGGCAUUGCUCCAGCAGUUCGGGACUUGGCGAGAACAGAUCCUGAAGGAUUUGUGGGCGUUUGCUUGUGCCGCGACUUGUGGAGGUUUGAUACAGCAACCAGUGAAUGGAGCCUUAUGGCUGUUGAUGGUCCAACAGCAUGGGCCUAUCAUGUCGCAGCAUGGGACCCAACAAAGUUGGCACUGUGGAUUCAUGGUGGUUUUGAUGGCAUGGCUUGCGAAGAUCUCUGGAGAUUUGAUACCGCCAGUUCCACCUGGGUCUUGAUUUACCAGGGUGGCCCAUCAGCUCGCUUCAAUCACAUCGCUGCUUGGGAUGUAACGAGUGCCUCAUUUUGGCUUCAUGGCGGUUACGUGGAAAAUGGGCCGCUGCAGCGUGAUUUGUGGCGAUUUGACGUCACCAGCACAAGCAGCAGCAUGUCGACUUCUUCAACUGCCAGCUCCAGUGUGACUACAAGCUCCAGCUCGAGCACUAGAUCCACUUCCAGUUCGGAAACUUCCAGCACUACGGUCACCAGUAGCUCCAGCAGCAGUGGCACAGCAACGACAACCACCACCCGAUCUUCUUCAAGUACAAGUUCCACAAGCACAAGAUCCAGCACUUCAGCAACAGUCACGACAACCACCAGCAGUACCAUUUCACAAAGUGCAACCAGCUCUAGCAGCACAAGAACAACAACCUCUUCCAGCACACUGUCAACUACAAGCACCCUAACCAGCACCGGCACUUCGACUUCCAGCACUUCAGCGACAGUCACCACAACCAGCACAAGUACUAUCUCGCAGAGCACAAGUAGCUCCAGCAGCACAAGAACAAAAACCUCUUCUAGCACACUGUCAAGUACAAGCACUCAAACCAGCACUGGUACUUCCACUUCCAGCACUUCAGCGACAAUCACCGCGACCAUCAGCACUACUACCUCCCAAAGUACAAGUAGCUCUACCCGUUCCAGAACACUUACCUCUUCCAGCACGCUGUCAUCCACGAGCACUCAAACCAGCACUGAGACAUCCACCUCAAGCACAUCAGCGACGCUCACUACAACGACAAGCAGUACUACAACCACAAGCACACAAACAAGCACUGGCACUUCUACUUCCAGCACUUCAGCGACAGCCACCACAACCACCAGCACUACUACCUCGCAAAGUACAAGUAGCUCUACCCGUUCAAGAACAACAUCCUCUUCCAGCACACUGUCAACAACAAGCACUCAAACCAGCACUGGUACUUCCACUUCCAGCACUUCAGUGACCGUCUCCAGAACGAGCAGUAGCUCACAGAGCAGCACCGGCACAGUCAGCACUAGCUCCACAUUCAGCAUUACUGAAACGACGUCAAGCUUCACCACCUCAAGCAAAACGCUAACCACUGCCACUACAUCCACCAGCACAUCCACUUUAGGAUCUUUAAGGGCAGAAGAUUGGACACUUCUCAUGAUCCUUUGUCCAAUUAUGGGAGUUCUUGUGCUUGGACUGUCAAUCAUGGUGGUGGUCAUGGCUUGUUGGGCUCGGAAGCGUCGGCGUCGUUUCGUGAUACCAACUUCGCCAGCUCCGCCGCCGCCACCGUGUCCACCACCUGAGCCGCCCACGGUGUGGUCGCUGUGGGUGACCAACACACAACUGCUCCAAGUGCCUGCGCCCUCUCCUCGCAUAGCUCGAAUUCUUCACCAUUUUGACCCUUGGCCACUUGGGCUUUUGAAUCUCCCGGACCUCACCACAUGCAUCGGAGAAGUACAUCCCAGACAUAAAGAGCUGCGCCUGCCAGAAGCGCCAGAGGCGCCGCAGGCGCCACUGCAUCUCUGUAUUGACAUCGACCUUCCCAUGCCAAGGGUCGAAGCUCCAGGUCUGGAACCUCGAGCAUCACCGACACAGUCAACGCCAGCUUUGCAAACACCUGCAACUGUGGCAGUUGCCUCCAAGACGUGGCUCCCAGGAACUGGAGCAGUACGACAUGCUGCGUCCUUUAGAGCGUCACAAAAGCCACCCAGGCUCCAGCGUCAUGUCGUGUUUGCAUCAGAGCCAAGCUUUGUGGAUCUACCGAAGCAAGUAGAAAGAGGACAGAAUGGCCAGAAUGGCCAAAGAGCUGUGGUAGUUUCGGUACAACCAUCGCCUUUGUUGAAUGUGAGAUCCCGACCGACGACGGAAGCACCAAGUGUGCAAAGAUCAUCUGCGUUUCGGGAGCAGGAAAGACUACGGUGCAAAUGUUUUCUGCAUCGAGGCCAGCCAGCACAAACACAGACUUUGACCAUUUUCUGGCUUCCAAAUCUUCCAACGGCCACAAGAGCUAGCGGAGCUAGUCAGACUGUGGAAAGACAGCUUCCAUUGUCGGAGUUCCUUCCAGAAGCACCUGUCAGUAGCCAAUAUCGAGUACCACACGGCUCAGUGCCAGAGCUUCAACUUGCUCGGACACAAGACAAUCGAAGUCGUCAUAGUGUCGCAAGUCCAGAUGUGUUUGGCAAAAGACUGAUAUCUUUAUCUUUGGCAUCUGCUUCGAGCCCUGUGACCGUUCAGAUUUGUCCAGACCCAACAUGUCUGAGUCAGAAACCAACAGAGCCGCAGUGGCCAAAGUCCCAGGAACCCAGAAUUCCCAGAGGGAUCACAGCUCCACCAGUUCUCCAGACACCUGCGGAGAAUCUUGGUCCAAAGGGAGCAACAAAAUGCGCGAGAGGUUCGAGGGGUCAGAGACUGCGCCAGAGAACGACUUCGAGUCGAGAACGGGCGUUCUACAUUCCAAGUCUGGAAACUGAACGCUGAAAGAGUAUCGGCUUCGGCUUGGUGUGAUCCUUUGCGGUCAUUGUAGCAUUAGGAUUUUACGUUGACAAUAUUGAUAAAUGUUGAUAAUGCUGGGAUGAGGGGACCAAAGAUGUCAUCCUCAAUGUUCAAAGUGAAAGGCGCAAAGAUCCGUCAGUGGAAUUCAGAUCUGCAAUGGGUGCUUUCUAACAAGGAGAGCUGCC